ACUCCCGAGGCCGGCAAGAUGGGGGCGCAGGAUCUCGGGGAGGAGGGGGCCGGGCCCGCCUCCCGGUUGGCGCCACCCGGGGCGGGGCGCGGAAGGAUCCGGGCAGGCCGCGCCGCGCCCGAUAUAUAUGUCCCCAGCCCCCGGGGCCACCUCACUCCCCAUCCUCAGAUCACACUCUCUCCUCACGUUACCGCGCUGCCGCCUGCGCCCGCGAAGCCCCGACCAUGGCUCUGUAGCUGCCACCCCUCCGUGUCCCCGGCCCGUCUCUGCGCUCACCACGCCUGCGCUCUCCCGCUCUCGCCUUCUUUCUUCAGUUCAGGCCGCCGCCGCCUCUCCUUUCCACAGCUAUGGAGUCCUCCACUUUCGCCUCGGUGCCUGCCUCUGCCCAGCUGAGCAACCUGCAGAGCCUCCUCCCUGCUGCUGGUGCCGCCUCCUUCACUGCCAUCGGUGCCCGGCGCCUGUGCUGCAGCCAUGUCACUCCUGGCGACCCUGGGGCUGGAGCUGGACAGGGCCCUGCUCCCAGCUAGCGGGCUGGGCUGGCUCGUAGACUAUGGGAAACUCCCCCUGGCCCCUGCCCCCCUGGGUCCCUUUGAGGUCCUUGGGGGAGCCCUGGAGGGCGGGCUUCCAGGGGGGGGAGAGCCUCUGGCAGGUGACGGCUUCUCUGAUUGGAUGACUGAGCGGGUCGACUUUACAGCCCUCCUCCCUCUAGAGGCCCCCUUGCCCCCAGGUGCCCUCCCCCCACCUUCCCCACCCCCACCUGACCUGGAAGCCAUGGCCUCCCUCCUCAAGAAGGAGCUGGAGCAGAUGGAAGACUUUUUCCUCGAUGCCCCGCUCCUCCCACCAUCCUCUCCACCGCCGCAGCCACCGCCACCGGCACCUCCCCUCCCGCUCCCCCUCCCUUCCUUUGACCUCCCCCAGUCCCCUGCCCUGGAUACCCUUGACUUGCUGGCCAUUUACUGCCGCAGCGAGGCCGGGCAGGGGGACUCGGGGUUGGCACCCCUGCCCCCGCCCCAGCAGCCCCCUCCUCCACCUCAGCCCUCUCGGCCAGCCCCCUACCCCAAUCCUGCCACCACCCGCGGGGACCGCAAGCAAAAGAAGAGAGACCAGAACAAGUCAGCGGCUCUGAGGUACCGCCAGAGGAAGCGGGCAGAGGGCGAGGCCCUGGAGGGCGAGUGCCAGGGGCUGGAGGCGCGCAACCGGGAGCUGAGGGAGAGGGCGGAGUCGGUGGAGCGGGAGAUCCAGUACGUCAAGGAUCUGCUCAUCGAAGUGUACAAGGCGCGAAGCCAGAGGACCCGCAGCAGCUAGCAGGCCGAGGCUCCCUCUGGUUUCUGGGGCUGAGGUGGGAGGGGCCCUCCAUCAUUCCCCCGCCUCCGCCUUCCUUCCAAAAUUCUCCGUUCCUUUCUCCUCUCUCUCUCUCACACACCCCCUGUCUUUCUCUGCCUGCCUCUCGUCUCCCCUCUUGCCCACUUCUGAGUCCGCUGCCCUCCUCACUCCCUAACCUCGUGGGAUGUUCGGCCUUAGCAUCUACAGUUCACUUGUAACAUCGAGGGAUGGAGGCCCCAGGGACUUGAGGGAGCGGGCGAGCUUGCGGACUGGUCUCAGAGCAGGGAAGUGCGGCCGGGAAGCUCCGCAGAAUGACUAGGCAAGUGAGGACAGGAGGGCUGUCGGGGAACUAGGUCAGGGAGGGUUUUAGGAAUGGCACCCGUAUAACAACAUAAGUGAAACAAGCCAGGUGGCCUUGGGGAGCUAUUGGGCAGGCAGCCAAAAGGUGGCCAAGUUUACAGAGCAGGUGGCUAUGCGGGGAGCUGGGGAAGCAGGCAGGGUGGGGGAUGGCCAUAGGGGGUGACUGGGUGUUCAUUUUAGCUCUGGGAGGAAAUCAGCGUUCGUGAAGGUGUUGGGGCAGGGGCUCAUCUAGGUGAGGGGGGGCAGGGACUGAUCCUUUUGGAGGUCGUGAGCAGAAAUAAAAUGAAGAACUUCUUCUGG